AUGAUUAAAACGUUUAAGUUGGACUCACGUGCAGAGACCUCGUCUCUAAAGCUUCCCAAAGAGCUCUUUUCUUAUUCAAGAGAUAUUGAUGGCGAAUGGCAGACCGAUGACGCCAAGGCCAAGGAGGAGGCUCUUCCAUACUACUAUUUCCCAGACUCAUAUGUCGACAGAAACUUUAACCUUGGCGAUGGAAUCAACAAGUUUAAGAAGAUUCCAGAGGCUGAGAACGUUGCUGCAUUCCCACCUUUGCUUCAGGCAAUCAAACAGCACGAACAGCAGACGGGGAAGAAGACGAAGGUCGAUAUCAUCACGUAUAGAGGCAUCAUGACGAAGCUUUUGACGCUUCCGUACGAUACUAAAUCGCCCAUGCAAUUGUACGUGAUUGGCUAUGAUGGACAACUUUUUAUCAAGUCGGAUACGGAUCUUGAGAUAAAACAGAGGGAAGAAGAAACUGAAAGAUUGAGACAGUCUGACCCUGAAAAGUUGAAAUAUAACGAGACUUGUGAAUACAGCGGCUACAAGUUCGAGGCUCUCACUACCUUACCUAAGCCAUGGGCUCAAUGUACUCGUGGAACUAUCGAGAAACGCGGUAAGAAGGCUGUCAACAACUAUGAGCAGUAUAUCAGUGUCGUUAGAUCAGGUAUCGGCAAGGUCAAGACGUUAUUGGCUGGUGAAGUCGAUUGCGUGUGGGACUAUCUCCCGAACGAAGAAGAGGGCUCCAAGAAUGAAACCGUCAAGCAUUAUGUGGAGUUAAAGACAUCUGCUUUAGUGGACCUGCCGCAUAAAGCAGUUAAUUUUGAACGGAAACUCUUCAAGACUUGGGCACAAUGCUUCUUGCUUGGAAUUCCAAAGAUUAUUUAUGGAUUCCGUGAUCAGAAACAUAUCUUGAAAAAUGUCGAGGUUUACAGUACUGAGGAGAUCCCAUUAUUGAUCAAGAAUAGUGAAUACCCUCGUGGCACCGUCCAGAGGUUCCACUGUGUCGACGCACUCAAGUGGUACGGUGCCGUCUUAGAAUGGCUUACCCAAAGCAUCGAUGCUAAUGAUGAGCUGAAGGCAUACAAGAUUAUUUACGAUUCUGGGUCGAGGACAUUCUCAUUGAAUGAAUGUAUGGGAGAUGAAAACAAGAGAUUGAGAAACGGCGAGAUCUUGACAGAUGAUUUCAAAGCAUGGAGAGAGCUGUUGAGGUAA